AUGACCGAAGAGAGUCGUGCCAAGCAUGGACCAGGCACUGGCAGCCUGGCGCUGGCUCUGCCCUCUUCUGCUCCAGGUAAGGCAGACACCGCCUUCCCUGACAGCAGCACCCUGGCCUUCCUUUGGCUUCUGUCCUGCUUUGUCCUCACAGCGGCAGCCUAUGAUUGUGGAGUGCCCGCCAUCCCUCCUGAGCUGGGUGGCCUGGCCAGGAUCAUCAAUGGCGAGGAUGCGGUCCCUGGCUCCUGGCCCUGGCAGGUGUCCCUGCAGUAUGAAGACGGCUUCCACUACUGCGGGGGCUCCCUCAUCUGCCGGGACUGGGUGGUCACCGCUGCCCACUGCGAGGUCGGGCUGAAUGACAAGGUGGUGCUUGGGAUGUAUGACCUGAGCUUUCCUGCUGAGGCCAACAGACAGGUCCUGGCCAUUGAACAGGUUUUCACAAACCCCAACUUCACUUAUGCGACAGCAAGCUAUGACAUUGCCCUGAUAAAACUGGCCACACCUGCCCAGUUCAACGAGAGGGUGUCCCCCGUGUGCCUGCCUCGUCCAUGUGACCACUUCCAUCCUAGAACUAAGUGUGUCACCACUGGCUGGGGCAUGACGAGUUUUGACCCUCCUGUAGGUGCCACCAAGUUGCAGCAGGCAGUCCUGCCUCUUGUGUCCACCAAGAAGUGCAAGGAAACCUUUGGCGACCAGAUCACUGACCAGAUGAUCUGCGCUGGGGGCAAUGGUGUCUCCUCCUGCAUGGGUGACUCUGGCGGCCCCCUUGUGUGUAAGAAGCAUGGAGCCUGGACCCUGGUCGGCAUUGUGUCCUGGGGCAGCCCCUUCUGCUCCACCUCCACCCCUGCCGUGUACGGACGGGUCACUGCACUCAUGUCCUGGGUUUGGGAGAUCCUGGCACAGUAUCCUUGCCCAUGCUCCAGCAAUACCCAAUAA